AAGCCUAAAUAGAGAGAGAGAAAACAAAGAGAAUUUAAAAAACGACAUAAAGACGACGGCUAGGCUCUCCUUUUCCUUUUGGCUCUGUCUGUCGAUCUCCCCAGCACCGACAUUGUAACGGUUCGCCGUGGCUAUUCGGUGACGGCGAUUGGUCUGUACACCGGCCGUGUUCUUGAACUCCGACGAUUUCUUGAUCUAUCGACUUCGCCUUCAUCGUGUCAACUCUCAUUUUUCCGAUUUUUGAUUUUGAAUUUAUUUGUCCUUUCAUCUGAGGAUACGAUAAUCAGCACCGAGAGGUAUACAAAAUGAUUGGGUCAUUUCUUACGAGAGGACUGGUGAUGGUUUUUGGCUAUGCUUAUCCAGCUUAUGAAUGCUAUAAAACUGUAGAGAAGAAUAAGCUAGAGAUUGAGCAACUUCGCUUUUGGUGCCAGUACUGGAUUUUGGUGGCUGUCUUGACAGUAUGUGAGAGAAUUGGUGAUGCUUUUAUUUCCUGGGUUCCUAUGUAUAGUGAGGCAAAGCUGGCGUUCUUUAUAUACCUUUGGUAUCCUAAAACAAAGGGAACUACUUAUGUGUAUGACUCUUUCUUUAGACCCUAUGUUGCAAUGCAUGAGAAUGAUAUCGAUCGCAACUUGUUGGAACUAAGGACUAGGGCUGGUGACAUGGCAGUCUUAUACUGGCAAAGAGCCGCGAGUUAUGGUCAGACGAGGGUUUUUGAGAUUCUGCAGUAUGUUGCUUCACAGUCAACCCCUAGGCCUCAGCCACAAGGAGCAAGGGCUCGCCAAGGUCCUACUGUUCCCAACCGUCAACCUCCCAAUUCUCCUAUCCGUCAACCAUCAACAGCAGCACAACCACAAAUUGAAGAGCCACCAUCUCCCACUUCUAGCACAUCUUCUAGUCAACACCAAAUGGAAGUAGUGGAAGAGGUGGGUCCUUCACGAGUACCUCCAGCAGUGCCUCCUGCAGCUCCAACAGCAGCUUUGAAUUCCUCAAAAUCGAUUGUUGCUUCUGAAACCAAGGGCCAGUCUACGAUAAAUGAAGCAGAAGCAAAGCAGAUUGAAGCAGUGCCUUCUUCAGCCAAUGAAAAUGCAGACCCAGCAACUGAGGAGACUAUCAUGGACGAAACCAUCCGGGUUACACGUGGCAGAUUGAGGAAAGCCCGUUCUGCAGGAACUCGCUAACGGUUUGUUUCAGACCCUUCCCCUGUAUUAGCGUUUUGCACUGGCAAUUAGUCAGUACGUGAAUGUAACGCCAAAUUAGUAGGUGGAGGGAAAAAAAAAAUCAGUAGUUGGGGCAAUUGAGUUCUUAGUUCUUGUUGUUGACAGUUGAUGUAAAUCUCUCAUCUUUAAAUUUCAAUUCCAUUUGUUGCUUUAUUUUUUUCCAA